AUGAAUAACAAAAUUCGCCAACUUUUUCCUCUUUCAGAGAAAGUUCAUAGUGCCGGCACUAGUUUAAAACCCAAAGUUGUUAUUCAAGCCAUUAGUAAUUAUUAUGAAAAAUACUCUAUUAACAGCCAUAGUGAGGGCAACAAUUCUUUAUCUAAUGAGGUUCGAAAUACUAUUGACCGAACUCGCCACCUAAUCGCUCAAAGAAUUAACGCCCAAGCCGAAGAAAUUAUUUUUCUGCCUUCCACCACUUAUUCCUUAAACGUUUUGGCUUUGUCUUUGAAAAAUUAUUUAGAAAAAGGAGACAAAAUUGCUCUAACCCAUUUAGAACAUAGUUCCAAUUGCUACCCUUGGCAGGCUACUGCCCAAGAAAAAGAAGCCGCCAUAGUUUUUUUACCAUUGACCAAAAACUUUAUAAUUGAUGUUGAUAAAUUAGAAAAUUGCAUUGAUAAAAAAACUAAAUUAGUCAGUUUUGUUCAUCUGAGUAAUAGUCUCGGAGUAAUUAAUCCAGUUCAGGAAAUUACGGAAAAAAUUAAAAAAAUAAAUCCGAAUUGUCUAGUAAUAGUUGAUGCUUGCCAAAGUAUCGCUCAUUUACCGAUUAAUGUCAAAGAAUGGGGUAUUGAUGCCUUGGUUUUUUCCGGACAUAAGGUUUAUGGACCGACUGGAAUAGGUGUUUUGUGGUUAAAAAAAGAAGUAGGACAAAAAUUACCUGAUAUAUUGUGA